AUGACAACGCAAUUUCAGCACUUGUCCACCUUCACCUCCCCUGUCCAGCAAAACCAAAACCCAGAGAAGAGCGUUGAACAAUGUAAACAUAUCAUGAAACGAACACCAUUUGAUCUCUCGGGGGUUUUCCUCGCAAUAAUUCCACUCCACUUUGCUUCCUCCGAGGCAUUGCCUUCAACCAAGUGCCAUGAGCAGGAGCGGUCUGCCUUGUUAGAAUUCAAGCAAUCUCUCUUCCAUCCAGAGCCGGAGAAUCGUCCGUCGUGGGCUCGGUCGGACCCGUCAAAGCUAGAAUCAUGGAAGCCGGAAGAUGCGGAUUGCUGUAGCUGGAAAGGCGUGGAGUGUGAUGUAGGGACGGGCUACGUGACCGGCCUCGACCUCAGCCUGAGUUGUCUCUCCGGUCCUAUCGACUCGAACGCCAGCCUCUUCCGCCUCACUCGCCUGCGAAGCCUCAACCUCGCCUGGAACUCCUUCGAACGCUCUCAAAUACCUUCCGCCAUAGGUGAUCUUGUGGAGUUGACGAGCCUGAACCUCUCUAUGUCCGGUUUCGGAGGUCAAAUCCCGUCUCAAGUCCUAAAGUUGACUAACUUGUCCUCCCUCGAUCUCUCUGAGAACGCAGCACUGGAGCUGAGGAAUCCCAGCAUGGAGACGCUGGUCCAGAGGUUGACCAAAUUGGAGCACCUCGAUCUUAGCUCGGUGAAUGUGUCGGCUCCGUUUCCUGAUAUCGUCGCAAAUUUAUCUUCCUUAACAUCACUUGUACUCCGAGACUGCGAUUUGCGAGGGACAUUCCCAACAACCAUCUUCGAACUGCCGAGGCUGCAACUUCUUGAUUUGGGUUAUAAUCCAGAGCUGUCUGGUCAUUUGCCAGAGUUCCACUUGCACAGUCCCAUGAAGUCGUUGUCUCUUGGGCGGACCAAUUGUUCGGGGAACAUUCCAUCUUCAAUAGGUAACCUGACUCAACUUACCACUUUGGUUUUGCAAGGCAGUAAAUUCUUAGGCGAAAUCCCAUCUUCCAUUGGGAAGCUCGUCCAACUCCCCCUUUUGAUUCUUAGCAUGAAUCAACUCUCUGGGGAAAUUCCAGCUUCUUUGAUCAACCUCACCAACCUCUUUUACUUAGACCUCAAUCACAAUCAAUUAACCGGUCAAAUUCCAGCUGGAAUCACUGGCCUCACCCGGUUGACUUAUCUCGACCUAUCCUUCAACAGAUUAACUGGCCCAAUUCCUCAAGACAUCUCUAACCUGGAGAAUCUUUUUGUCCUGAACUUGCAAUCAAACAACCUAAAUGGCACUUUGCGGCUGGAUGUGGCACUCAAACUUCAAAAUUUAAAUUUGUUGCUGCUCUCCUUCAACGAAUUUUCGUCGAUUAUCGAACCCCACAUGAGCACUAGCCUUCCAAACCUGUUCGCUUUCGGCUUGGCUUCUAGCAACUUGAGUGAGCUCCCCAUCUUCCUAUCAUACCAAAGUAGGCUCGAAUGGCUGGACCUAUCCCAAAAUAGCAUUUAUGGGCCGACACCUUCAUGGUUCUUAAAUGUGAGUACGACGCGACUGGGAUAUCUGAAUCUUUCCAGAAACUUAAUUACCAGUUUUGCAGCUAUUAAAUGGCUAGAUCUAGUGACACUAGACCUAAGGUAUAACGAUAUACAAGGAUUACUUCCGCUUCCCCCGAAGACCAUUGAAGUCUACCUUGUCUCAGAUAACAAGCUAUCUGGAGAAAUAUCGUCGGAGAUGUGCCAGCUAAGCUCUAUUAAAAUGCUUGAUUUGUCCACGAACAAGUUGACCGGUGUUAUUCCGCCAUGUCUGAGCAAUUUGAGCAAGACCCUUUCCGUCUUGAGUUUGGAUGGCAAUGAUUUAUAUGGAAGAUUUCCUCAAUUGGAGAAUGAUGUAUGUGCAUUGAAGAUGAUAGAUGUGAGUGAUAACCAACUACAAGGGUCACUGCCAAGGGGAUUAACCAACUGCAGCAGUCUGGAGUUUGUCAAUUUCGGAAAUAAUCAAAUCCUCGACACAUUUCCCUCAUGGAUGGGCUCGCUCUCUGAAUUGAAGGUGCUCAUUUUGCGUUCCAAUAGAUUUCAUGGAGCCAUACGGGAACCUGAAGCUCGUGACCAGUUUCCUGACUUACGAAUUGUUGAUGUAUCCAUGAACAACUUCUCGGGUAGCCUCCCAUCUGAAUACUUUGGUAUCUGGAGUGCCAUGAAAGUCCAUGAUGCAUAUGAUGCACGCUACUAUGGGAAUUCUACCUCCUACCUCCCAAUUUAUGAUUUUGAAGAGGAGUAUGACUACUCGAUGACAAUAAUGAACAAAGGCAUUGCAACGGAGUACCAAAUGAUAUUGUCAUACCUCACCAUGAUUGAUCUUUCGAGCAACAGCUUUAUCGGGGAAAUCCCGAAUUCAGUUGGAAGUUUAACUGAACUUCAUCUGCUCAAUCUCUCCAACAAUGCUCUCACCGGCUCCAUUCCUUCGUCCCUGGCGAAUUUGACCGUACUAGAAUCUCUUGACCUUUCAAGCAAUGAGCUCUCCGGAAUGAUCCCUCCAGCACUAACACAACUCAGUUUCCUUUCUCUAUUCAAUGUGUCGGACAACCAUCUUUCUGGGCCCAUACCUCAAGCGGGACAGUUCUCUAUAUUCCCGAACGACUCUUAUGGAGGGAACUUAGGACUCGCCCCCUACACCACCAUCUGGUGCAUUCACCGAAAAGGACUUUGGGACGUGGUUUGA